AUGGCGCAGAAUCCUCGGCCCUCCGUGGGGCAGAAUCAGAUUCCGGAUCGUCAUUCCGCGGCACCUGUACGGACUACUUUGCAUCUGCCAGCUCACGACAAGCCCGCUUCCUCCCCAGUUGGAACCGCCAAUGGCGACCUCCUCGACCUCACCUCAUCGAACCCACUUAUCGAGGCAGUGUUAGGUCCUAACAAGGAUGGACGAGUGAGAAAUCCCGUGCCAAGCAAACUCAAGGGCAAAACGGAUGAUAGGCAAGGCAAUUUUGGCGUUAUGCACAUGGGAAUGGGUGUAGGAGGCAAGAAGAACGAGACACAAGGGAAGGACGCUGCCGCAGAGCGAGAUGCUGCUGCGAGAAGAACGAGCGAGAAUACAGCGAAUCGAGCGAAGGCAGCCCAGCAGGACAAGUACGUAGCACCAAAGAAGAGAGGGGUUGUUGAGGCGACUAUGAACGAAGCAGCUCGGGUUGCCAGCCGCGGGUCCCCUUUCCCUAGAGAUGACAAACGACAAUCAAGACCAUUAGCUCCAGAUGAGACGAAAUUCGAACAGGCUCGACUCCUAACGUUGUUGAGGAGUAUCAAUCCCAUUACCGUUAUUGACCAAAUAUGCAAAGCCGUGGCCUAUUUUGGUGGGAUACCUGGAGCUCCUCCCCCCGAAGACGGGAUAUUCCCGGAAAGCGCCAAUACAAGAGAGACGGGUGCAUUGUUUAUAGGUUGGCUUGCGGAAAUCUUCCCGGAUGUCUCGACUCGCGGUCCAGAGCCUCCAGUACCUCCAGGGGUUUCCGGGGCCUUAGAAGGAGGAGUAAAGGUCCGGCCAUCCAAAUAUCAGGUUGCCCUUUCCGGUGCUGGACCCCCAAAUUCGAGCAAUGGAUACGGAUAUGGACCAGCAGUCUCUGCGCCGGCUUGGGGACUCCCAAACAAUCUAGCUGAGGUGAAUCCCCAGGCUCCUAAUGUUCCUGAGGCCGGACUACAGAGGGAUGCUGGGGUCGAGCAACGCAAGCAGCCGGAACAUCAACCACAGCAGCCACAGAAGCCUGAACAACAACCACAGCAGCAACCACCACCGCCGCCGCAGCCGCCACAGCAGCAACAACAAUUACCACAACCACCCCCUUCAACUCCUGCUAAACCUCCACAAGAUCCUUCAACCGCGACCUCAUCUACAAAUACCAGUAAACGGGGAAGGGGAAGGCCAAAGGGGUCUACAAAUAAGAAAUCGAAAGCUGACAUCCAGCAAGUUGUUGAUAAUACUGCCAGUUCCAACUAUGUUGGCUCCCAGGGCCAAAAUCAGACCACAGCAGUACAGCCAACACAGCAACCAAAUGAAGGAGCCAGAGCUACAGAUAAUACAUUACGGCAAGAUCAAAAUCAAUCUAACGCCCAACCGGCAUUGAAUAAUAAGCCACCUGCACCUCAACAAGUGCAGCAACCCUUGUAUGCUGGUCAAACAUUGCAAAACAGUUCCCAGACCAAUCUGCCCAAGCAAACGCCGGUAAUAAUUGCAGACGAACUUAGCCCUGAAGAGCGUGCUGUUCUUGAAGCCUUCCGAAAUCAUGGUGCCGAGGGGCUAAGCGCUCUACCUUCGCCCGUGGUAUCAGCUAUAAAAGGCACAAAAUCCUUGUCGGAAGCUGGGCAAAAGCGCAAACGAGCUCCACCGAAGCCUAAGCCAAACCAGUCGGUUCCUGUAAACCCUUCAAUUAAUAAUUUUCAGGUUGAAACUCCCCAGUCUGUUCAAAACCGCCAACAGGUGCAACCCCAUCAACAAUUACAGACCCAUCAGCAUGUGCAAACCCAUCAACAAGCACAACCGCCUAAGCAAGUGCAAAACCAUCAACAGGCACCGUCCCCUAAACAAGGGCAAAUACACCAACAAGUGCCACCGGUUGCGCAGAAGAGCACCCCCUUAUCUGCUGUUGAUAACGACAUAGUGAUGAGUAUUGCUAAAGAAGCUAUCCAAUGGGCUCCCGCGGACGCUUCUACUCCUACUGGACCACCUUCUAAACGCGCUCGCCAGCGUAAACCUAAGGUACUAAAUGCGAAUGCAAGUGAUCCUUCAUCUCGAAAUCGAACUGCCUCCGUAAUGAGUAGUGCCACUCCUCCAACUCAAGCCAGCACGAUUCCAGAUUCCACCGCUGCAUCUUCACAACAAAGUAUUCCUGUAACUCGGCCUCCAGCAGAAGGGCUUGAAGCUCAUUAUGAGAGGUUUGCGAGCUUUUCGCAACAGCAGAACUUGUCACAGCAACAGAACGGUCGCAGCAACACUCCCGCUGUAGCUCCCCAACAUGUAAGGCAGCAGUCGAAACCGUCAUCGGCUUCCCAACAAGCCGCUCCAAAAAUACCGCAACAGAUGCAACACCAGAAGUCUCAGCAGGCUAGUCAGAAGAAUAUUCAGCGUGAGGACCAGAACGUGAUACAAGGAACAGAGGCCAGGCCACAAUCAAACUUCUAUAACCAACGCAGCCAAAGCACUUCCGCAUAUAACCAACAGUAUCCUUCACAUCAGCCGUCACAACUGUAUGGCUCUCACUCGGCCUCACCCCAGAUGAACAAUACCUAUAGGGCGUCUGCUGCACAUAGUAUGGCCCAAAAUACGCUGGCUCAAAAUACAAUGGCUCAGUCAUCGCCUCAGUUUUCGCAGGUGGAAAAUUCAUAUAGAACAGCGAGUCCACACGCCAUGUCACAGACAUCUCCGUCCUUAUCACAAGCGGAUACUGCCUUCAGGAGUAACAGUGCGCAUACAAUAGCUCAACCAUCACCCUCGUUCUCCCAAGCGGAAAGCACAUAUAGAACGCCUAGCACACAUUCCAUGACACAGCCCACCCAGUCAUAUUCCACUGCCAGAUCACAUGCUCAACAGCGACAAACGCCCUCAACCCACCAGAACCAAUACAGUCAAUUUUCCGAGUCUUCUUUCCUCGACCUCCCAACCCUCGAGUCACUAGGCCACAGUGGCAGUGGCGGGAAUAGCAGUCUGGGCGGUUUCGGGCAAGGUAUGAGCGUUGGGCUAGGUGGAACUUCAAAUUCAUCAACCUCUCAUCGCGCUUCUGGAAGCAAUACCAAUCUCUAUGGUGGCGUUGCGACUAGCUCUGCUCUAAGUAACGCUUUUGAUGCCACGGUUGCGAGUGAUCUACUGCGGGUUUCCAGGGGCUCAGGGGGCAGUCCUGCACAUACGCACCCUCAUACUCAUGCAACGUACGCAGGAGGAGCGAGUUUUGAUACCAGUGAACAGGAGAUGCGAGAGCGAUUGCUUAGGGGUCUUGGUCGGUGA